AAAAAGAUUGUUUUAGUCACGUUGCUGGUCGCUGACGUCAGAGGCUCGUGCGAGCCGUGUGGUGGCCCCGCCUCCUCCUUAGUCCACCUGCUGUUCACCUGAGGCAGAGGCAGAAGCGAGCAGCACCAUGGGAGGCAUUUGCACCAGUGAGAAGAUGGGGGGAAUUUUUGCCUAUGAGAGUUCUGAGAUCGACUGGUGUGAAGACAACUACAAGUACUCGGAGCACGUGGUGGAGUACUUCAACACAAUGAGCAGCUUCACUUUCUUCAUCAUAUCGCCCAUCAUGCUCUACCUCCUGCAUCCAUAUGCUAAAGAGAGAAACCUGGCAGUGCACACGGUGUGGAUCAUGAUGACUUUUGUAGGACUCUUCUCUGCGUACUUCCACAUGACCCUCAGCUUCAUGGGCCAGAUGCUGGACGAGCUAUCAAUCUUAUGGGUGUUGGCGGUGGGAUACGCCACCUGGUUUCCCCGCAAACUCUUCCCAUCUUUCAUAAAAGACAGGUCCACAUUCUCCAAACUGGUCCUGGGCGUCACUGUCAUCAGCACCUUUUCCUCGUUUGUCAAACCGACAGCUAAUGCCUACGCUCUCAACUGCUUCGGCCUCCACAUGCUCUACACCCUGAUUGUGGAGAUGAGAAGUUGCACUGACCAGAGGGCGCACCAUCUAGCCAAGCUGUCCAUAGGUCUGUGGGUGAUGGCCAUCUCCUGCUGGCUAAGCGACCGCUUUGGCUGCAACUUCUGGAAGAAAGUCGACUUCUGCUACCUGCACGGUUUCUGGCACAUUCUGAUUGCCAUAGCGGUGGCAUAUGGCAGCACACUCAUUGCUUUUUUGGAUGCCAACUAUGAGAUCCCUUACUCAUUGCCUGGACUUCACUUUUGGCCUUGUGAUAAAUGGCCCAUUGGAAUACCCCACAUUGUCCUGAAGAGCACACAUAAGACUCGAAAACAGUGCUGAAAAAGUGUUAAUGCGGUUGAAUUCAUUGACAAUGGAGUUUGCUCAACUAACUUUAACUUAUCCUACUGUAAUUUUUCAUUACCCAACAUUGUCUCUUGACAACUAACUAGUGUCUUUGUUCUGUUGAGUUUACAAGUUCAGCAUCUGCUAAGCAUCUUGUCCCUUCACAUGCUGGAUUUUACCAGCUCACGUUUCACAUAAUAUUGUGUGGGGGAAAAAAAGACCUAAACAUUUCUCUGGUUUCAGGUUAACAAAAUUUGUUCAAAGCAAAUGACUGAGAAUAUUCAUAUUUUUUAGUGCAGAUAUGUUAUUUAUUCUACCUACAUGUUUUUAUACAAUAUUUGUCUUCCAGCUUAUGCUGCACUUGUUUUCAGUCCGACAUCCCACUGUGUUUGAUUGUAAAAGUUAGCGCAGCUAUGGUAUUUUUGUGAUGAUGAUAUAUAUAUAUAUACUUUUUUUUCUAAUUUACGUCCAAGAGUCACGUUGAUUACUUAAACAAUGAAUCAAUUUUGAAGUACUGUUGUUACAACGUUCAACAGCGACCUCUGGUGACAGCAAUUGUGUGUUCAAAUUAAAGUCCAUUUUUAAGAAGAUAUUUGUGUGUCCUGUAAUUAGUUUUUGAAUCUUACCAUUUUUCCCAAGUUUGCAGCUCACUUUGGCAGAUUGUUUCAUCAUGUCAGGCUUUGUGAUUCAAGAACGAAAAUGGGAGGAAAACAAAGAAGUAACCAACAGGGGCUUGUUCGUGUGUGAGAGAGUGUUUUGAGAUAACAUUCAUUCAUUGCACAUUU